UUAUCCCACCACCUAUUAGCGAAGAGGCGGACGACGUCCUGCCUCCCCACCUGGCCGGCGAGUGAGCGUGGCUUAGGUACGGCGGCCUCGGAAGGCCAAGAACCCCCUUGGGCCGAGUCUGAAUGGGUACGGCGGGGGAGCACCGGAGUGGCGAGGCGGGCGCGGAGGCCCCUGAGGGCGGGCCGUUCUUCACCUUGGCCGAGGUGGAGAAGAGGAACACCGACAAAGAGACCUGGCUGGUCAUCAGCGGGCGCGUCUAUGACGUCACCCGCUUCCUCGACGAGCAUCCAGGUGGAGAAGAGGUUCUCCUCGAACAAGCUGGUAGAGACGCCACAGAGAGCUUUGAAGAUGUUGGCCACUCUGUGGAUGCCCGCAAGAUGCUUGAACAAUACCUCAUAGGAGAGGUCCAUCCGUGUGACCAUAAGCCUGACCCUUCCAAGGUUCCAAAUAACUCUCCCUCGAAAGAAUCAAGUUUCUGGACAGUCUGGCUGAUUCCUGUUUUGGGAGCAUUGAUCCUGGGCUUGAUGUAUCGCUACUACAUGAUAGAUGGGAAAUCCUCCUGAUUUGACCUUGCUGAACCUUUAGGACUGGGAAGCCUGUCUUGCCCUUGGAAAUGGUGGGAUUUUGCUGGUGGAUGCCCAGAUUUUGUCCUUCACGUUCAUCAGUCAGUCCAACAUCCCUGGCAUUUGCAAAGCCAUGAAUCUGAGGAAUCCCCCCAUCAUCGUAGUUGUUCCUGCAGAAAGCUCAACUUCCUACCAUUCCAAUUCAUGACUGACUUCUGUGGUCAUUGGCCAUGACUCAUUUUUCAUCAAGCAGCUUCUGGAUCGUUGUGCCUCCAGCCUAUGCCAGUCUGUCCCAUCAAGUUACGAAGAGCGAGGUGGGGUGCAGUCAGCAUUCCUCUGUGUUAGGAGACCAGCAAGAGAAAAGGCUCCACCAGUACAGCCUGGCAAUGGGUGACCAGGAACAGCAGCACGCUGCCUCUUCUCUGUGUUUUCUCUCUGCUUCUUUCUGUAUACGGUUUUUGAAAUGAUUUUUUAAAGAUGGUUCUGGUUUACAUAGUCCUACUGUAUGCCUUUUAAAAUCUGCUUGUUCUGUAAUAAAGGACUCGUCAAUUACUCUGAA